AUGUAUGCUACACCGCCGCCUAAGAAGGACAAAAUUCCGAGAACGCCAAUAAGUGAAGAAAAAGAAGUACAAAAACGAAAAGAAGAACUCGUGAAGAUGGAAGAACAACUGAAAGUGCUGCUUCACCAAAAGACGGUGGAGCAUUGUUACCGCGAGUACAAUGACUUUCAGAACAAGAUUUAUGCACUACCCCUCUCUGAUGAACGCCGUGCUGAACAAACUGCAAAAUACGUGGAUUUCGAAACGCUCCACAACGACGUGGUCAUCCGACUCAGUAUGCUGCUAGAGCAGGCUACGAAGGCAGCGGUCGCCAACGCGGCUCCUGCUUCCAAAUUGGUCGCCGGUCCCAGUGCGGCGCUCCAGAACCCUUCGCAGCAGUUGGUGUACCCAGCCCAGCCCUACCUACCCCCGUUACAAGUCCCGCUGCCGACCUUCGACGGGUCAUAUGAGAAAUGGUUUUCCUUCAAAUCGAUGUUCACAACCGUCAUGAAUCGGUACAGACAGGAAGAGCCGGCGUUGAAAUUAUACCACCUUCGAAACUGCCUCGUCGGUCCAGCUGCCGGUGUCAUCGACCAGGAUCUAGUCAACAACAACGACUAUGAUGCCGCAUGGUUGGUGUUGGAACAGAGAUAUGAAGAUAAGCGAAUCAUUAUCGACAAGCAUAUUGAGAACCUGUUUAACUUGCCAAAAGUUGGACAGGACAACGCGGUGAACAUGAGGAAGAUGAUCGACGUUUGCAUGAAGAAUGUGGACGCCCUGAGGAAUCAGCAGCUGCCAGUAGCUGGGCUUGCGGAACAGAUGCUGGUGAACCUCAUUGCUGCGAAGAUGGACAAAAAGCUGCGUGUUGCCUGGGAAGCCCGUCAGAAAAAGGGAGUUCUGCCGACGUAUGCUGCGACGCUGGAUUUUCUACAAGAACAAUGUCGAAUCUACGAAAAGAUCGACACGAAGUCGCCGACGGAGAGUGUAAAACCGAAGGUGGCAAAAGGCCACACACUAGUGUCAACCAGUGAAAUGAAAAACGAACAUAAGUGUCCAGUGUGUAAAGCAGCUCACGAACUUUGGAAAUGUGAGUGUUUCAAGAACAAAAGUGUGAGUGAAAAAUAUGAUGUACUGAAGCGAUGCGGUGCCUGCUUCAACUGCUUGACCAGGGGACAUCGAACCAACGCGUGUUCGUCGACACGUUCUUGUCGUGAGUGUAGCAAGAAACAUCACACCUUGCUACACACCGAGGACGCUUCCAGGGCUGCAAUUGCAAAGCCAACAGAAUCCCCUGCGACACCGGAAGUGAAGCCAACCGGCACUCCGAACGCCGGUAAUCCAUCGGGAACGACGACUCUGUGUGCAAGUGUCGAAGGGACGACGAAACAAACGCUGCUGUCGACUGCAGUGGUGUUGGCGUAUGGGUUGUGCAGCACUCCCUACCCAUGCCGAGUGCUUCUGGAUUCCGCAUCGCAAAUGAAUUUUGUAACGGAAAGAUUUGCGAAUCUGCUGUCACUGAAACUGGACCCAGCUGAUUAUACAGUCAGUAGUCUGAACGGCAACCACACACGAAUUCGUCGCAUGCUGCGGACCACAGUAAAAUCCUGCCACGGAGAUUUUGCUGUCGACCUUGACUUGCUGGUGACUCCUCGUAUCACUGGCGACUUGCCCGUGAAAUCCUUCGAUAUUUCCGACUGGUCUAUCCCAAGCAAGGAAGAUUUAGCCGAUCCAACAUUCAACGAACGAGGACGCGUCGAUAUGUUAAUUGGCGCUGAACACUUCUGGGAUCUUCUGCAAAAUGAUCGGAUCGAACUCGGCCCGAAUUUGCCGACUCUGACCAGCACCAAGCUUGGUUGGAUCGCCGGAGGAGUAAUUGCGAGCGACGCGCCAGUUGUUGCGCACACCUUCUGUCAGACUGCCGAGGAUGAACCCCUUAUCGAGCUUCUGAAGAGUUUCUACAGAGUGGAAGCAUGUGACGAGAUUCGCCUGGUCCCUAAGGCGGAUGACGAGCGGUGCGUAGAACAUUUUUCUCGUACUCAUCAGCGCACCGAAGCGGGGAGAUAUGUUGUUCAGCAUCCCUUCAACGAACGAAGGCACGAGCUGGGCGAUUCAUGCGAAAUGGCGCUGAGGCGCUUUCUGAACCUUGAACGAAAAUUGGACAGGCAACCGGAAUUAAAGGAGCAGUACUCGCAGUUCAUUCGAGAAUACCAGCAGCUGGGCCACAUGCGCGAGGUGCAGGUGGAUCACAAGGAGGAUCCCGGCUCGGUAUAUUAUCUACCCCAUCACUGCAUACUGCGGCCAACGAGCGCGACGACCAAACUGAGGGUCGUAUUUGAUGGUUCUGCCAAAUCAUCUUCCGGAGUUUCCAUCAACGACGUUCUGAUGACCGGGCCAACCAUUCAGAAUGACCUCUUCGCAAUUCUUCUACGAUUCAGGGGAUUUCAGUAUGUCUUCACGCUGGAUAUUCCCAAGAUGUUCCGCCAGGUCGACGUACACCCGCAAGACACGAAAUAUCAACGUAUUUUCUGGCGGUAUAAUCGAGAGGAACCUGUGACCGUUCAGGAGCUAACAACGGUUACGUACGGGCUCGCACCAUCCCCGUUUCAGGCGACCAUGGCGCUCAAGCAGACUGCUGUGGAUCAUCAGGACGAAUUUCCUGGAGCUGUGAAGGUCAUCGAGAAGGGUACGUACAUGGACGACAUCCUUACUGGUGCUGAUUCUAUAGCAGCAGCUUGCCAAUUGCAACAAGAAGUGACAGAUGUUCCUGAUGCUCUGCGGGGCAACUCUUUCGAAGUGACGGACGAUAACUCGAAAACGACAGUGAAGACGUUGGGCGUGACGUGGAAUCCAGCCGAGGAUUGGUUUUCCGUGUCAGUUUCCGAAGCCAUCAUCGAUGAAUUGACGAGGAGAAAACUGUUGAGUCAGCUGGCAAAAAUAUUCGAUCCUCUGGGCUUUUUUGGUCCGGUGCUCACAACUGCGAAAUUGAUGCUACGAGAGGUCGGUGAACUGCAAAUCGACUGGGAUGAUGCGGUACCCGGCGAAAUCAAUUCUAAAUGGCGAAGCUUGCGAAACGAAAUGGUUCUUCUGAACGAUAUGCAUAUGCCAAGGUGGAUCUCCUGGGAGGGGCCGCUUCAACUGGAACUGCACGGCUUCUCGGAUGCCUCCGACUUGGCCUACGGGGCAUGCUUGUAUACGCGAGGAGUUUUUCCUGACGGUUCCGUGCGAAUGAACCUGAUUUGCAGCAAGUCUCGUAUCCUGCCAAAAAAGAAAGCAAAGGAAAUAGCUAUUACGACUCCUCGUGCUGAGCUCCUGGCGGCAUUACUGCUCGCCAAACUGAUUGUGAAGUUUUUGGACGCCACUGAGUUGGAAUUUUCAUCGAUCAACCUCUGGAGCGACUCCAGAAUCGUGUUGGCAUGGAUCGGGAAGUCACCGCACAUGCUGAACACCUACGUCUCGAAUCGGGUAAGUGAGAUUCAAAGCUUAAUUCCAAAUUUCCAUUGGCGCUACAUACCUACGGACGAAAAUCCUGCUGACCUGAUAUCCCGGGGAGAGCAACCGAAGAAGCUUUUGGCAUCCAAGAUAUGGUGGCACGGCCCGCCUAUGCUGAAUGCUCUUACCGACGCGGAGGAUGGACCACAAAUACCUGAUGGAGAGCUCCCUGAAAUGCGGGCCGGAGUUGCACUGGCUUUGACGACUCCCGUUCGACGAAUGACAAUUUUUGACAGAGUGAGCAGCUUUACCAAGGUCGUGCGGUGCAUGGCCUACUUGACGCGCUUUGCAAGGUACAUCAUGUCCCACAAGACGAAGGUGGUGAAGGGCCCGCUCGCGGCUGAAGAAAUCAUGAAGGCGAUCCUGUUGAUACAUCGGCUGAAUGGAUUGAAAGCGUUCUUGGACAACGAAGAUGGUAUCCUGCGAGUAGGAGGCCGGAUCAAGCGAGCCUUCAUUCCCUACGACAGUCGUCAUCAAAUGAUACUUCCAGCGAAGCAUCCGAUCACCGAAGCACUCGUCCGACAUUUGCAUCAGGAGAAUCUGCACAUCGGGCAGAAGGGUCUGCUCGGCAUUGUACGACAACGCUACUGGCCGUUGAAUGUGAAGGCCACGAUUCGUAAGGUAAUUCGGAAUUGUAUGGUCUGUUUCAAGGCGAACCCACUGAAAACGACGCAAAUGAUGGGUGACCUACCGUCCUACCGGAUUCGACCAGCUCCCGUGUUCUCAAACACCGGAGUUGACUACGCUGGGCCUUUUUGGAUUAAAUCGUCUUCUACGGCACGUAAACCUUUCAUCACUAAGGGGUACGUGUGCUUAUUUGUAUGUAUGCAGACCCGUGCUAUUCAUCUUGAAUUGGUCUGUGAUCUAACGACGGAUGCGUUUCUCGCAGCAUUGAGACGCUUCACAAGCCGACGAGGAUGUCCGAAGACGCUGCGUUCCGAUAAUGCGACCAACUUUGUUGGAGCCAAGACGGAGUUACACGAGUUAUGGCAACUGUUCCAGAACCAGUAUGCUACCAAGAAUAUCAUUAGCUUCUGCACCGAAAAGGGAAUAGACUGGUCGUUCAUCCCGCCAAGAAGCCCCCACUUUGGCGGAAUAUGGGAGGCCGGAGUCAAGCAGGUCAAACACCACUUGACCCGAAUCGUUGGGGACCGGAAGCUGUCGUACGAAGAGUUGUACACCACCCUAACGCAAAUUGAAGCGGUGCUAAAUUCAAGGCCGCUGGCGCCUUGCUCAGACGAUCCAAGCGACUAUACUGCAAUAACACCAGCACACUUUUUGAUCGGGCGUGAGAUGCAAGCGGUUGCGGAACCAUCCUACCUCGACCUGAAACCGAGUACUCUAUCGAGGUGGCAACUUGUGCAAAGCAUGGUUCAACACUUUUGGAAGAGAUGGACCGCGGAGUAUCUUCCGGAGCUCCAGAAUCGGCAGAAGUGGUUGAAGACGAGAAAGAUCGAGAUCAACGCUCUAGUGCUACUGAUGGACAAAAACCUCCCACCUUUACAGUGGGCACUAGGAAGGAUAACUGCGACACAUCCAGGUGAUGACGGCGUGACACGCGUCGUUACAAGAAAAAGAGUCGAGUGCGAGAAAAUGGAACUGCUGUACUGUUCGCAAAACACGCGUAAGUUCUACCAGAAGAUCAACGUGCUCCGCGAAGGCUUCGUGUCGCGAGCCGAAAUGUGA